GAAAAGACGAAGCAGCAAACAAGCCUGCGCCCAUCCUCGCUGACGUUCACAGUCUCACAGACAUUCCUCCUUCUUCUACCGACUUCUACAUUUAUCCACAAUUCCUUAUACAGACAAAAAGAGACAAAGCUUUUAGCCAUGGCGACUAUGGAGAGCUUGAUUGGUCUGGUGAAUCGUAUACAAAGAGCUUGCACAGCUCUUGGCGACUACGGCGGCGGAGACUCCGCUUUGGCUUCUCUCUGGGAUGCUCUUCCGUCAGUUGUCGUCGUCGGAGGCCAGAGUUCUGGAAAGUCCUCGGUGUUAGAGAGCAUUGUUGGGAGAGAUUUUCUUCCUAGAGGAUCAGGGAUUGUCACAAGGAGACCCUUGGUGUUGCAGUUGCAAAAGACUGAAGGUGGACAGGAGUACGCUGAAUUUGGACAUAUGCCACAGAGGAAAUUCACUGAUUUCUCUUUGGUACGACAAGAGAUUCAAGAUGAGACAGAUAGAAUCACUGGAAAGUCAAAACAAAUAUCUCCAAUUCCAAUUCAUCUCAGCAUAUUCUCCCCUACUGUUGUUAACUUGACAUUAAUUGACUUACCUGGAUUAACAAAAGUUGCUGUUGAGGGGCAACCUGAGAGUAUUGUAGAAGACAUAGAAAAGAUGGUCAGAACUUAUGUUGACAAGCCGAAUUCCAUCAUACUAGCAAUAUCACCUGCAAACCAAGAUAUUGCAACAUCUGAUGCCAUUAAACUUGCUAAAGAGGUUGAUCCAUUGGGUGAAAGGACCUUUGGUGUGUUGACCAAGCUUGACCUCAUGGACAAAGGAACUAAUGCAUUAGAUGUUCUUGAAGGCAGAGCUUAUCGUCUACAACAUCCAUGGGUGGGAAUUGUGAACAGAUCACAAGCUGAUAUUAUAAAAAAUACUGAUAUGAUAUACGCAAGAAGAAAGGAACAAGAAUAUUUUUAUACAAGUACUGAUUAUGGACACCUGGCGAGUAAAAUGGGUUCAGAAUAUCUAGCAAAGCUUCUCUCACAGCAUUUGGAAUCUGUAAUUAAAGCAAAAAUCCCGGGAAUUAUUUCCUUAAUAAAUAAAGGGAUUGAGGAAAUGGAAGCUGAGUUGGAUCGCCUUGGAAGACCUAUUGCAGUUGAUGAUGGAGCUAAAUUAUACACUAUUUUGGAACUUUGUCGUGCUUUUGACAAAAUAUUCAAAGAGCAUCUAGAUGGAGGACGUGCAGGAGGUGAUAGAAUCUAUGGAGUAUUUGACAACCAACUUCCUGCAGCAUUAAAAAAACUUCCAUUUGAUAGACAUCUUUCAUUACAAAAUGUGAAAAAAAUAGUUUCAGAAGCAGAUGGAUAUCAGCCUCACUUAAUUGCUCCAGAACAAGGCUACAGACGUCUUAUUGAAAGAUCAUUAAAUUAUUUCAGGGGUCCCGCCGAAGCUUCCGUAGAUGCCGUACAUUUCGUCUUAAAAGAGCUUGUGAGAAAGUCGAUAGGAGAAACCGAGGAAUUAAGACGGUUUCCAUCUCUCCAAUCCACUCUUGCCACCGCAGCUACUCAAUCACUAGAAAAAUUCCGCGAAGAAAGUAAAAAAACGGUCGUUAGAUUAGUCGACAUGGAAUCUUCUUAUCUAACCGUCGAUUUCUUCCGGAAACUUCCACAAGAAGGUGGGCCCACCCCCACCCCCACCCCCGCCCCCGCCCCGGGUGACCGAAGUGGAGACCGGAGAGCUGUGUCUGCUGACCGAAGAGGUGUGUCUGUGUCUGCUGACCGGGGUGAAGAAAAAGGGAAGUACCCGAGUGACCCGUUGGGUGACCGAUAUGGAGAUGCACAUUUUAGAAGGAUUGGGUCGAAUGUGUUGAGUUAUAUUGGUAUGGUGUCUGAGACACUUAGGGUUACGAUUCCUAAAGCGGUUGUUUAUUGUCAAGUUAAAGAGGCGAGGCAAAAUUUGUUGCAUUACUUUUACAUCCAAAUAGGGAGGAGAGAGGGAAAAGAGUUGGGGGAGUUGCUAGAUGAAGAUCCAACUUUAAUGUCAAAGAGACAAGAAAUUGCUAAAAGACUCGAGUUAUACAAAGCAGCAAGAGAUGAGAUCGAUGCUGUUGCAUGGGUGCGUUGAUUCAUUUCAAUCUUUCUUAAUGUUGAUAUUGAUAUGAUUUUUGAUUUGAUUUGUGUUGUGUGGUGUAUAUUUGUUUGUAUACACUAAUCACUAAUGCUUUCUUGUUAUAUAAAUAA